GUUUUAGUUUGCAGGGAAACGUGAGGAGGACCUCGGACAAACAGCUCCAACAGGCUGCCAGCAGACCGGACGGAGAGCUGAGGACAAGAUGAGGCCCAAAGCAGAAAGCCAGAAGCUGCAGGGCUCUCUGGAAACCUGCCAUGUGACAUUUGGCUGCCAGCGCUCCGUCAGAAGGUCAAAGGUGAACCCGGCGCACAUUUAAUGGAAAUGCAGAAGCACAACACCCAGCACCAAGACUUCUUCUUCUGCGGUGGGUCCUUGGAGGAGGAUGUGGCCUCGCAGCAGCCUUUGGCUCAGGCGGAGACGUUUACUGGGAGGUCAAAGCAGCAGAACCACAAGUUCCCUCCGAACAAGAAGGUUUUCCCCUGGAUGAAAGAGUCCAGGCCCCCAAACCAGAAACACGAGCACAGGAGAGCCGCAGACUGCACCGUCAACGAGAAGAGUCCAGGCGCGACCCCGGCCUCCAAGAGGACGCGCACCGCGUACACGAGCGCGCAACUGGUGGAGCUGGAGAAGGAGUUCCUCUUCAGCCGCUACCUGUGCAGGCCGCGGCGCGUGGAGAUGGCCAGCCUGCUCCACCUCCACGAGAGACAGAUCAAGAUCUGGUUCCAGAACCGGAGGAUGAAGCAGAAGAAGGACGAGAGGGUGCAGGGCCCCACCAUCACCACCUCCACCACCACCACCACCACCACCUCCUCGUCCUCCCCACCCCCGUCCUCCCCCUCCGCCCCGGGCAGCCCCACUCUGUCGAGCCUGGGUUAUGUCCAUCUGGGUGGGGAUUUCCAGCCGGCCUCUCCUCCGCUCAAGUCCCAACAGCAGCAGGCCCAGUACCCGGCAGAAUACUCCAAAUACCCCGCUGCAGGCUUCACGCACGAGCUGCAGUAUAACGUGCAGUACGACACGCACACCCCCUCACGCGCACCAGAGCCUCAGCUGGAUCUUAACGGGGCUUAUUACCCACAGAGCUGCACGCGGGACAGAAUCAUGCACGCUCCAAGACUGACUCAUCUGUAGCAGAAACACACGAAUCCCUCGACUUUACACAAAGAUAAAUGUCCCUUUUAUUUGAUAGAAGAAGCCUUGUAUUGAUGCAUGCGUUUUUAUAAUUUAUUUAUUGCACUUAUUCACCUUAAUAUUAGUCUCAAGUCUUAUUUAUUUGUGUUUAUACAUUUUAAUUCGUUUUAUAUACAUUCUUGUGU